AGAAACAACAUGGCAGACAGUGGACAACCGAAGGGUCCUCGUCCAAGACAGUCAACCUUUGCUUUUAGGCUAAUAAAUCCAGAACUGUUCAUCAAACCGGGAAAACCAGAGGAACGGUGAAGGGCUAGAAACAUGUGCCAAAGUCAGGGUUGAAUAUGGGCAAGAAGGAAUAUGGAAUUCAAAGAAGGGGCUUGCAAUAUCGUUGAAAAACCAAAGAGAUACGCAACUGGUCUGGUUCGUCCUCGUCCUGAGUUAAAGGUUUUGUUAGAAAAAGUCGGAGCAACUGCCCCAGUUUACACAAAAUAUGAGGUAAUAGAACAUUUGAAGGAAUAUAUCAAUGAUAAAAAGCUUGUUGACCCUAACAACCCAAUGAAAAUCAAAUGCGAGGAUGAUGACAUUUUAGAAAAGGUUUUUGGAUGCAAGGAAUUUUUCACAGAGAAUGUUUGUGAAUUGCUACAUCAUAAUCUAGAAUCAGUGAGUGAUACUUCAGAUGGAGAACUAGGAAUAAUAUCACUUGAAAACACCAAAGAGCAAAAUAACAAACGGAAAAGAGCAAAUUUAACAGAUGUGAGCAGUAGUAGUGGUGCUGGAAGCCCCCUUAAUGUACCAUUUGGUAUUGGGUUUAUCAGAAAAGGUAGCUUUGAAAGUAACGAUGACUAUUCUGAUGGAUCCAGGAGAAGUUCUUACUCCAGGAAGCCUGGAUAUGAAACCCCAGCCACUGCUGUGGUCAGUGAUUCAGAAGAUGAGAUUGUUUUUACAAAUGACAUAACAGACUUGGACACAUUUUCUGUGGAGUAUGAACCUCCAGAAACAAGUGACGAAGAAAAAGAUGAAGAUGAUUCAGAUGAAGAACCUGCAAUAAUAAUAUCAUCAGAUGACAGUGACGAGGACCCUGGUGCCGAUGGUGGGGAUGAAUUUGAUAAUGAGGAAAAUAGUGACAGUGAAGACUCAUGGGAAUGUUUGGAGUGUUGGACCAUGAACCAUCCAAUGACAACCAAAUGCUAUAAGUGUUGGAAAGAAAGAAGCUUUGCACUGCAACAGUUCGUUAGGACUGUCUCAGCUCCUGUUGCAUCCAAUAAUAUCAGUAUUCCAGUAAUUCCUGUUAUUCCAAGUCUUCAGCGGUGUAAAACAGAUUUCCCAUGUGUUCAAAUCGACUCUGUCAUCAAUGCUGAAAAACAAUCUCAUCUCUCUGCUUCGCCAAGUUCUGCUACUGAAUCAUUAACUUUUCUAGCUGACAAAAAGAUGCAAGUUUCUCUUUCUCGCUCUUCAAGCAGUUGUUCUAGUACUACACAGACUUCUUGUGACAGUGGUGUCUGUGUGUCCUCUUGUGAGACAGACACAGAGAAGACAAUCUCUGUCAGUGUGAUAAAUAACCAACAUGAAAAGUUGGAUCAACAAGAACAUUUAGAUUCUAAUGCUAUAUGUCUUGGUGCUAAGAAAGGAGAUUCUUCCUCUGCUUUUAGUACGUAUUCUAAUCUGGUAAUACCUGGAGCUACAACUUCUUUGCUUUCUUCUGAUUUGCCUCCUGUCGCUGUGCCCUCCAUGUCCUCUACCGAAAAAAAUGCUACAGAACAACCGCUGUGUGUGAUUUGUACAACUGCACCAAGGAAUGCCAGCAUUAUACAUGGUCGUUCUGGUCAUCAGGUUUGUUGUAUCACAUGUGCUGAAAAGCUAAAGGCAGCUAAGAAAAAAUGUCCCGUUUGUCGCAGAAAAAUUCACUAUGUCAUUAAGAACUUUCUGUAGUUUUUUCUUUCUUAUCGCUUACCUUGAAAUUGUUUUUCAAUAAUGUCAGUUUAUUUACAUUUACCUAGUUUCACCACACAUACACAUCAUCAUAAGUUGUUUACAAGAGGCACAGUUACUUAUAUAAAGGAUCAAAAAAUGAGAAGAGUUAAAAUACAAGGAAAUUUCUCUUCUUUUUUUUUUCUUUCAAUUUUAUUUAUUUUUCCAAACUAUAUAACUGCUUUCUUUUAAUGAAUUUAAUGAAUCCAAUGAUUCUUGUGGAUCACUUUGUGUAGUUUGCUAACUUGUUGACUUUCAGCCUGUUUCAAGUUUCUGCGACCUAACUGACUAAAGAUGUCUGGUGUUUGGACUCUGUCAAUUUGCAACCAUGAACCAUCCAAUGACCACCAAAUUUGCAACAGGCUGUUUGCCUUCUAAUCAUGAGAGAUAAAUAUUCCCACAAAUCGAAAGGCUAGAGUACAAACACUAAAAGUGUGCAACACUUUGCACUGUUUAAUAGUAAAUAGUGCUAAUUAAGCAAUAGAAAACAAUAGGAUUAGCAUAAUUUAGCAGUAUUUAGUGGUAUUUAUGUUACACACUUACUGUAUAGUGUUUGUGCUCUAUUACCUAUGGGAAAAUGGUUGUUGAGUAAUGGGAAUAAUUAUUAUUUGAGAUCAGAAUGACUUUGUACAUUUUAUUGUCUGAAGCCAAAAUACCAGACAUCUGGAGUUGGUUAGGUUACAGGAGCAUGGACAAAUGCAUUCCUGUGUGUUUGAUUCCUUGGCAUCUGUGUGAGUGUGUGUGCAUCAAUUUGAUUAUUAAUGGUUUAAUGAUGAAUAUAUAUUUGUAAUAUAGUUUUAAUAGCAAUAAUAUAGUAACAAUCAGUAGGUUGCACCCUAUACUAACACUGUAUGUACAUGUAAUCUAAUCAGCGGUGCACAGCGGUGCCUUUAUUCCCCAUACUGUGUGCAUUGGCAUGUAUGCAUGUGUUGCAAAUCCAAGAUGUUGUCCAUUUCAUCCCCUAAAACAGUCCCACAAUGCACUGCAAUGCCAACGUGACCCAGUUAUUCCUUAACUUUGGAAUAACUAAUUAGAGUACAUUAUAGGUGGUGACAGCUUUGAGCUCUGUGCUGUAAUAAUCUUGUUGCAUGGGACCGUGUAUCCAUGCUUUGACUAGCAUCUUUGUAAAGUUGUAGCACAACAACUUUUGAGCUGUGACACUAAGUAGACUGGUCACAAAUUUGAUUAUACUUGCUGACUAGCAUAAGUUAUUGACUCAACAUGUUAACCAUUGUUUAAACCUUGCAAACACCUACUGCUCAGUACCCAACCCUUAUUUAACAGCCACCUGACUAUUCUUUGAGGGUAACCCCCAUCUGACUUUAGUGAUUGAUUUGCUACUAACCAGUAUUCUCUAUACCUGUAGCUUAUGAAUACGAUACCUUUAUGAAAUUUUCCUCUCAAUAGGUAGCAUUAUUCUUGAAUAAUAUUGAACUAGGAAGAUAAAUUUACAAUUUUUUUAUAACAUAGAUAUCUAUAUAUGUAUUUAUUUACUAUAGUAUAAUCAUUGUUAUUAAAGUCCUAAGAGUCUGUAGACAUGUAGACAAUGUUGGGUCAAAUACAAUAUACUCUGGAAUGGAAACCAUAAAUUAAUUUAAAUGCUUGGGAUCGAGCAUCAUGAAUCAUCCAAUUAAGGUAUUCAACAAUCCACUUUGUACUUGCCAUUAACCAUUUUGAGAUGGUGGGCUAGAUUGGGUUCAAACAUCUUUUGUUAUACGAAGAUUUACCCAAUCUAGACCAGAAUGCAUCUUGUUUAACAAACUUCAAAAAAGGCCUAUUGUAUCUUGGGUAUCCAUACCAGAGUGCAUUAUUUGUACCCCAAUGUAGUGGGUCAUUAUUUAAAUCUACCUCACAACAGCAUCAAUACCAAAGUUAAUAAUCUAUUAUAUUAUUAUUAUUAUUAUUCAUUAUAUUUGUUAACAUUACUUAAUUGAAUAUUAAUGUUUUAAAAUAUUCUUUGUUUAUAUUAAAUUGUGAGUCAUUGCUUAUAGCAAUACUUGUACUUACUCUAAUGAUAUAGAUAUACUCAUGUAGUUUGUUAAGUAGGAGAAAGAAAGCUGAUAGUCAUGUCAGCCAUUUUGGAUGGUCAACAAUAGGAGACUAUUGUUUGAUUGUGCAAUGUGGUUGAAUGCAUGUGAUCGUAUCAACAAGACAAAACACAAUCAUAUUUACUUUUCUAUUUUAUAUAAUCUUAGUUAAAUAUAACAGCUUUUCUGUGCUCUGUUCAGUAAUAAAGCAUGCAGGAAGUGAUGUAAGAAUGAAUGCUUUUGGUGCUUCCUAAUAGGAUAGAAGGAUAGAGCUAAAUAGAAAGAAAUAUUGUAGUUUUAUCAGCCAUGAGAGCAAGAUAAUUCCGAUGAUGCUAUCCUGAAUGCACAACACACUUUCUUUAUUUUUUUAAAGUGAAUAUAUCUUUUGUAAGGAAGGAAUUUUUCAUUUUAUGUAUGUGUUAGUUCUUGUAGUGAGAUAAAUAGAUGUUGUUUGGAUUGAAUAAUGUGAUCGUAAUAUUGAGCAUUUACUGCUAGGGGUUUUCUGUGGGAAAAAAUCAUCAAAAUUAGCAUGUAUCACAAUAUCAUUAUUAUUAAAGAUUUAUGAUUUUAAAGAAAACAUAAAAUUUAUAAGAUAUGCCUUUAUAAGGCUUUGAAGUAAACCCAUCAUUCAGUUGGGUCUGUAUCAUGCUAUAUAAUAAGGAACCUUAUGUUUCUGUAUUCUUUGUAUUUAGGGUGUAGUUUUGUGCUGGUAAAUAGAUUGGCUUCCUGUGGCGAAAUAAAAUCCUAACCACAAUUUUGAUUCAACCAACAUUAAAAACCUCCGUGAAAAAUUUCUUCAAGAUACCACAGGAACCCUAACUAUGUGUAAUGACCAUGCAUAACGCCUUGUUCUAUUCUAGGUUGUAUUGUUAUUCCAAAAUAGGAAUUUCGAAUAGGAUCUACAGUUGAACCUGUUUUAGAUUAGAUCGGUUUAGUGUUGUUGAACCAAUACUCAAGAAAGCGUGUCAAGACCCAGGUUGUCUGGGCCCUGCUGCACACGCAAAAAAUCGCUUUAAGACUGACUCCUUGCGAAUGACGUCAUUUUGAAAUGAUGACGUGUUGAGGUCAUGUAAUUUUGAUAUCAUGACGUCAUUUUUAAGAAGGGGGCAAUUUUGUUUUAUUUGUUGAGCGUAGAUUGUCCCGUCAACAUAUUCUGUUCACAAUUAACCCGAUUUCAGAUCCAUUCGUUAAACUUUAUUUAUUUUCUGUCUUGCAUGCUUUUUUGUUUUUAGCAAUUUCUGUUUCUACUUUUGUUUAGUGUUUUACGUUGUUAGACAUAAAUAUAAGCUAUCUAAAUUUGCAUGAAAAGACUUUUCUUGUCGUUUUCCUCUUUACUGGAGGAUGAGACAGGUUCAGACAGAAGUUAUACAUUAAUGACAUAUGGAAUGGUCGUAGAUUAGUUUAGCAUUGAACAGUAGGGGUUUUAUAUCUCUAUUUUUGAAAUAUUCAGUUUUAUGUAUUUUAUAGAAUAUUUUUGCUGUUUAUGAGGUAGAUUUGAAUAUUGAGUAACGGAGCGAUUUGUGAAAAUGUAAUGAAAUGAAAUUACCAAUAAACUGAUUUUCUAUCUAGUCA